AUGAAACGAUGCAAAACAAAUGAUGAGAGUAUGAGAAAUCAAGAUGUUGUGGAUGCGGACAGGAUGAGUGAGUUACCUGAGGCCUUGCUCCUACAGAUAUUGUGUCUACUUCCUAUGAAAGAUGCCAUAGCCACAAGUGCUUUGUCUAAGCAAUGGCAGUCUCUUUGGAAGAUGAUGCCUAAACUCAAGUUUGACUAUCGAGAUCACAAACAUGAGCUAGGGACGUUUUCAAAUAAUGUUUGCACGACUCUGCUUUCUCACACGGCUCCGGUUAUACAGAGUUAGCAUUUCAAUGUUCGACUAGAUAGAUGUAAUGCAAUGGAUACUGGGAUCUAUGCAUUUGGACUCCAUGUUCGUAAACUGGUACUAGAAGUCGAGUACCAAUCUGGGCAAAUUUACAGAUUUCCUAGAACCUUGUAUAACUUUAAAACACUAGAGACUUUGCAACUCAGGUUUAACGUUCUUAUAAAUGUCCCUUCUACAGUUUUUCUUACAUCCCUUAGAACUCUGCACCUUCACUAUGUGAACUACAAGGACUUUAAAUCAGUUCUUAACCUUUUGUCUGGAUGUCCUAACCUUAAAACUCUGUCGGUGCAUCGAUAUCCAUGUAGCAACACCGUAAAGACUUUCACUAUUGCGGUGCCAUCUUUACAGAGGCUAUCAAUUUAUAAUAGCAAUGGUGGACAACAAGAUUGGGGCUAUGUGAUAAAUGCUACUUCAUUGAAAUACUUGAAGAUUAAAGGGAUUUGCGGUCUUGGGUUUUGUCUGAUUGAGAAUGUGACAGAGCUCGUGGAGGCAAAUAUCACUGAUGUCUCUGAUAUUUUCAACGAGAAUCUUGUAGGAUCUCUAACUUCAGUCAAACGUCUUUCCUUGAGAAUAUCGCCCUUGAAGGUUAAGUUUCCUACGGACAAUGUAUUCUAUCAGCUGGUGCAUUUGGAGCUACAUGCAUGUAAAGAAGCGUGGUUUAAUCUACUUACCCUCAUGCUCGUUAGUUCUCCUAAAUUGCAAGUCCUCAAGCUCAUCAAUCAAUGGCGUUGUGAAAAAAAACGUGUUGCUCGUGGGGAAUGGAAUCAACCAAAUAAUGUUUCUGAAUGCUUGUUGUUUCAUCUUGAGGCAUUUAUGUGGAAAGGUUACAAAUGGCAACGAGAAGAUGAGAAGGAAGUGGCGAAAUACAUUAUAGGGAACACAAAACGUUUGAAGAGAGCAACUUUCUCCUCAAGACGCAUCAAGCCUAGUGAGAGAGUUGAGGUGGUCAAGGAGUUGGAAAGUGUGGUCAGGGCUUCAAAUUCAUGUAAGCUUGUGUUCGAAUGA